AUGAUUCACGGCGCUCGGUUGUUGCAACUGAUCAGCAGAGUCAACAUCAAGUCAAACUCAACAAGGAUCACAUCGUCCAACCAAACAUCUAGUCACUUAUCUAUCUUGUUGCCAACAACAGUAGCCCAGGUACGUGCUCCAGCUGCACAUCAUCAUCUCAGGCUUCUGAUCGAUCAAGGUUCAGAAUUAUCAUAUAUUUCGGAAGAUGCUGUGAAGCGUCUGCAGCUGACGCGCACGAAGUCCAACAUCUGUAUCCUGGGCAUUGGAGGCAACGUAGUCAGUAAAGCACUUGGUAAAGUAGAACUCAGAUUGUUUUCAUUAUAUUCUGACUCCAGCGUCGAUGUGGUGCUCCACGUCUUGCCUAGAGUAACAGCUCCACUACCAUCUUUUCAAUGUAAGACAAGAUCGUGGCUGCAUACGGAGUUUCUGGAGUUAGCUGACCCCCAUUUCUAUCUGCCACGAGACAUAGACUUGCUACUUGGCACUGACUACUAUUCAGCUAUAAUCACCUCAGAUCUGCUCAGAGGUUCUUUAUCAGAACCUAUCGCUCAACGUACACUGUUUUGUUGGAUUUUAUCGGGUUGCGUUAACCAGCCUGUUACAAAGAUUCAUCGUCACACUCACCAUAUUGUUUCAAAAAUAGAAGAUAAACUUCAGGAAUUACUCAUCAACUUCUGGAUUCAAGAAGAGGUCCCUUCAAAGUCAAGCUCGCAGCUUACACCCGAGAAACAGGAGUGUCAGGAAUACCUUGUGCGAACUCACUCUCGGGAUAGUACUGGAAGAUAUGUGGUGAAACUUCCUCUGAAGCAAUCUCCAUCUCUGCUGGGCAACUCAGUCAACCGUGCUCAUAAAUGCUUCAACCGCACGGUGGCCAGGCUCAAAACAGACGACAAGUAA